CAAAACUGUUUAAACAUUUGAUAAGUGUUCAUUUCCUUGUAUUGUAUCAUGACAAGCAUAAUUUAGGUUUUAUCAUGCUAGAAUUAUGUGGGAGGACACAAUUACGAUUAUUAACUAAUACAACCGGAUCUCAUUUCAACUUUCUUAAUUUACUUCUUAUUUGUGCAUCAUGAUGGAUGUCAGUAUUAUAAUAUUAUAUGGAUAACAUCAUGUUGUAUAUUCUUUUUCUAUUCCAUGGAUUUAUUUUCGGAGGUGCAGAGACAGAUCAAACUGAUUGUAAAAAUGGGCCCAAAUAUGACGCCUGUGUGUGUAGUGGUGUACCGAUUGAUCCUCCAUAUGGCUCUAUUGAGCUUGUGGACCAGACACAAGGAACGUAUAAAUGUAAUAAAGGCUUCGCUUUAAAAGUCUACGCAAUAAUUCGAUGUCUUAAGGGAGGGAGAGACAGACCAAAUUAUUGGAAUGAAUCCAAAAGUGCUUGUACAGCUAUAGACGACUGUAAUCCCUCUCCAUGUUUUAAUGCAGAUAUAUGCAUUGAUGAAAUUGAGGACUAUACAUGUUUGUGUUUACCUGGAUAUACAGGCAAAAACUGUUCUGAAAAAAUAAUCAGUUCAGUCAAAACAGAACCAUCUUCUAUAAAGACAACAAAAACAACAGCAUCCAGGCAGCCUGUAAUGACUUCAACUGUAAUUGCUACUUCAAUUUCAGUCACUGGAGAAACAGACUUAGAUACCGACAAAGAAAGUCCAGUUUACAUAUGGUACAUUGUAGGAGCAACUGUAGUCUGCAUUUUAGGCAUUAUACUUGUUGUAGCUGCAGUUCGAAUUGUACGCCGUAGAAGAAGACUUGCCACAAAACAAACACCAGAUCGCAAUGAUGAUACUUCUGAACAAGUUCCAGAAUAUACUGAACUAGACAUUACACAGGCAAAUUCUAAUCCGUACUCAGCACUAAGUAAGAUCUCAAACAGAUAUGCCAGGGACAAAAUUGAUUCAAUGAAUAGUGAUGCAGCUUACUUAACGCCAUGUGCCUCUACAAAUCCAGAUGUUUCUAACGAAUAUAUUAGUAUUGAUGCUUAAGAAAUUCUUGGAAGAUUGAAAUACAAAUAUCUAUUGAAUAUAUUUAAUGUGUCAAAUACUCCAUAGCACAUUGUUAGUUACGUUGAUCUUUGUAAAUAUCUGAAAUGUGCAUUGAUAGAAGGAUAAUUAUUUUUUGAUAGUAAAUGUGAACUUAUUAAAAUAUACAUAUUGAGAAAAGCGAUGAUACAAGUGACAGACUUCUUUCUAAAAUCAAAGGGCUGCAAGCUCUGUAGUAUUUUCUGAUCUUUGCAAUUUAAAUCGUACUGAAUAUCUGUAUGUAUUUUCCUUUAUAUGUUUAUUUUUAUAUACUAUAAUUCAUCUUGCAUGGCACCAAGAUGCAGCGACUGCGUUUAGAUCUUUUUACUAUAAUAGUUUGAGUUUGAUACAUACGGAAUUUUUCAUGACUAUAGUUGCAUCUUUCAUUUUUUAUGACAGCUGCACUUUAUCCUUGCAUGUCGAUGCUACUUCUUAAAAUAAUAUAUAUAUAAAAAAAUUGUUGCCUCGACUGGGAUUUGAACCCCAGACCUCUCACACCCUAACGGAACGCGUUACCCCUGCACCACGGGGAAGUUAAACGAGGAAAGCCUGAAUAAAAUUAAAUAAUUCUAAAUUUAAAAUUUCCAUUGAGGGUUUGUAAUCUUUAUUUAUUUCGAGGUAUUUUGUUCAUGAUAAACCUAUUGUGUAAAACUGAUGUAAGUAAUUUAGAGAAAAACGUCUCGCCAAAACAGCUCGAAUUAUUUGUGUAAUACGGUAGUCGACAUCGUUAAAAAUGGCAUUUUGUUGAUUUGGAUUAAAUUUUCGGGUGUAGAAAUUGAUUAUCGAUCGUUGACUCCCCUAAAUUUGUCCCUGUCCUAAAGUCAACAUAACAUCCUUACUUUAUUUUUCAGAAAGUCUAAAUACCAAACGUUCAUUUAGGAGGAGUUUAAUUGCGAUCCCAUUAAUCCGAAUCUUUACGGAAAUAGUCGAGCAAUUUUAAUUGAUUAAAAUGAUAUUAUCCGCGUAAUUUGGGAUUGGGCAUUUAUUGACAAGUCUAUAAGCCAACGCUACUUUUAAACUUUGAAUGCGUUGUAAUUUGUUGGAUACUUGUAACAAAAUCAAAAUAUUUCCUUCUUUUACAACGCUAGUUUUCAGCUGUUUUGAGCACUACUUGUUGUUAGGUUUGUCGUGAAGCGUUGUACCCGAGAUUGAAUGUAAGCAUUGUAUUUCCUGACCUGCGAUCAGAAAAUACAAGAAGUAUGUUAUUACUCUUGGCAAGCAGAAAUUAGAAUGCAAGGAUAAAGAUGCGUGUAAAAUAUCUAUAUUUGUCUUAAGAGAACUAAAAUAUCACAGAUUUGUGAAAAUCAUCUUCUUUACAUUGAUUCAUAGAAAGUAACAAAAAGCCAACAAUUGUCAAAAUGUAAAUGUAUUACGCAACAUAGUAUUUUUACUGUAGACAAUUUUUCAAAGUCACUUGAUAUAUCUACACACAUUCAGCAUUUGAAUAAAUAAAAAUAUACGAUUAAAUCUCAAAGUGUAAAGAAAUAAAAGAUAUA